UGAAAGAGUCCAGAUCACUGCACUUUGGAGAUACUACAUGAUCAAAAAGGUGUGACUAGAAGAUAAAAACAACAAAAACAAUGAAAAACAUCUGUUGCAUUGAACUUGCCCGGAUGACUGAUCAGAUCAACCAUCACAACUUCGCUAGCAUGAAAAGUAUCAGUCAAAUUCAGUAUAAACUGAUUGUAGGAGCCAUGUACAUAUUUUGCUGUGCACCAGAGUUACACACACACACACACACACACACACACACACACACACACAAUAGGAUGUUAAAUCUCAUGGUCCCUAUUACCUAAUCAGUAGUUGUUUGUUUACAUAUAUUGAAGUAUUGUCAUACAAGGAAAAUAGUUUGUGCUGAUCAUAUACAGGGAUUAUGUAUCUGUGACUUAAAGAAACAAGUAAUUUCCUCAUUGACCAGAAAGAUCACAAUUGAUGAAUAUAAUUUUACGCUUAUUGUAAAGGUAGACUGUCUGAAGACCCUACAAGUGUGAAAAAUAGACUUUAGAUUUACUCACUGAGAAAAAGUCUCAGGGAGGAGACUAUGCCAUGCAAUAUAAUGACAGGAGCAAAUCUGCUACUAUUCUGUUCAAUUAAUCUCACAUUACGUUAACAAAACACUUUUUUCGCACUAUAUAGCAUGUAAUGUAAUCAAGCUGUUGAGACAUAAUAUGCAAACUCGAACCCUACAUUCAGAUGUCGUAGUUACAACACUUUGUCUUUGUUUUUAAGUGUUGUGAUGUAUCUAAAUCUGAUUAUUUCCUGUUCAAAUCCGAGAUGAUAUGCUUUCAAAGGUGUAAUAUAUUAUUGCUACUGACAAUCAACAAAUCAAGUUGAAAGCAACAAUGUGGAGGAAUGAGCAGCCAACGGGGGACAAAGAUCUUUUACAAAAUCCAAAAUUAAGGUAUACUUAAUUGCUUCAAUCUCUUUAGGGAUUCAGUCAGGAUUAAACAUUUCCAGCAACAACAACAAAAUUUAUAAUUAUUAUUUGCUGAACCUAAUAGAAGACUAACAGACUACGUUUUAGCUGCUUUAAUUUCACUGUAAACUGUAAAAAUUGCACACAGCUUUGUCUUAAAUGGUUGUUGUUUAGAACAUGCAAAAUGUUUCAGAUGAAUGUUUUUGUAAUUUUGUCAAAAUGUUUAUUUACUUUAGAUUACACAUUUUAAUGUUUCUAUUACUUUGUAUUGAUGUGAGUAAAAAAAAAAAAAAAGUUGCUAUUAUUCUAGCUACUAUUCUAAAUUCGGUUAUAGCUACUAUUUCUGAAACUGAACCAAAACGAAGAAACGAAAGUGAAAAUAAGCAGAGGGGUGUGAUCAUCAUAGCCUAUAUAUACACUGACUCGCAAGUAAUUUGCACAUUGACCAGAAAGAACACGAUGGAGGAACAUCAUUAUCCCGUCAUUGUCGAGGGAGACUGGGGGCCGGCAAAAAAUAUGAAAAUUAAACUUCAGAUUCAUUUUCAGAGUAAGAAAAAAUCUCAGGGAGGAGACUGCAUCGUACAAUAUAAUGACGGGAGUAACUCUGCUACGAUUCUAUUCAAAUCAUCUCACAUCCGAGAUCAAGUACUCUCAAAGGCAGAACACAUUUUUACCAUUGACGAUCAGAAAAUCAAGUUAAAAGUGCACAAACCCAGUGAUGGAGAGGAACAGACUGACAGCACUGGACCAAAAACAGAGCAGGCAUGUGGAUAUCAGGAACCAAAUCGAAGUGAAUCAAGUGCUGUGGUCCUGGAGAACCUUCCAGAUGAUGUUAAACAAGUUGUUUUGACUCUUCUGGUGGAGAACAUCAGCGGUCUUUCUGAAAAUGACUUUAGCAUGGAAUUAAUACCAGAAUUAAGAAAAGCUGUCGUGACUUUUAUAAAUCCUAAUGCUGCAGAAAAUUUUCUUCAGGACAGCAGGACACAUGAAAAAUUUAAGCAGUAUAAUCUGAGGGCCCUUGCACUGGAGAGAAGCACAUGUGUGCGAGUGGAGGAUCUUCCAGCUGAGGCCGACAACAACAAGAUGCUGCUGGAACUGUAUUUUGAGAAAUGGGGCGGUCCAGUAGAAGAAGUUAUCACAAUUCCAGCAGAACAAGCAGCCAUUAUUAUUUUUAAAGGGGAAGAAGCCAAAGAGAGAAUUUUGAAGCAAGAGACUAACAUCUUUGAUGUUCCAGUCAAGAUAUAUCCCUACUUUAAAUCACUGGAUACAGUCUUGUAUGGUGGCAAAAGACCCCAACUGAAGCUGCCUGAACCCGUUACAGUCAGUGUACAUUCUGCCAUCAGGGAGUUCAUCCUCAAGAAAGGGCAGAUUUCCUCCAUUAAAGACCAGAUGAGCUCACACUUCUGCCAAAUAAACAUGGACAAACCUGAAGUUUUGCUGAGUCCUGAUCCAGCAUUACUGAAACAGAAAGGAGUUACCAGAAGACACAUUGAUGGCUGGAGUAAGAAUGCAACUGAUGCCUUCAUGAAAAUCACCUCAUGCUACACAGCAUCUGAGUGGCCCGUGUCACACGCCUUGUGGUCAAAAGCGGAAAGUGAAGUUAAGGAAUUAGUGAAAGAUCAGGUUUUCAUAGAUUUAGAUGCAUCUAAAGGGGUGCUGACACUGGCAGGAAUGGCCCAUGAGAUAACUGAACUUAAACCCAUCAUAGAGAAGUUUUUGGAGAGAGGAACAAAUCAAAUAGAGAGAGAGACGAACAGUGUGACAGAGGACAUGGAGAUUUCUCCUGCCAUGUACUCUCUGCUUGAACAAGAUGGCCUGAAAACUGUUUCUCAACAUCUGCGCAUUGACUACAACAAAAAGAUGAACAGACUUAUUUUAUCAGGGCUUCGUACAGAAGUUCUUGCCAUUAAAACAUGGGUUCUUGAGAAGAAAAUAAAUAUAAAACAGAAGUCCUUACAGAUUAACUCUUCAAUCCUGGAGUUCUUGAGAUCAGUGGAAUGUGAUGAAAUGUCCAGAGAUCUCUUCAUAUCUCAUGGAAUAACUGCUGUCUACACAAUCGAAAAUGAAGAUGUUGUUGUGAUUGGGAGCACAGAAAAAGCACUUAAAGAGGCAGAGAAGAGGAUAAAUACAGUUCUUAUAACCAAAGACCUCACAGUAGAAGAUCAGGGUGUCCUUCAAAUGCCAGCGUGGCAGGAUCUCAAAAAACAAUUGCAAGAAUUGUUCAAUACUUCCAAAAAGACAUCUGUGAUUAUACAUUUAUCUAAACAGAGAGACAAGGUUAUGGUGACUGGAUUCAGAGAACCAGUGAUGGAGGUCAGUGAGAAUUUAAGAUGUUUCAUUGAGGAACACACUAGAAUUGAAGAAACUGUUUGUGUCAAAUCACAUGCAGCAGCUGUAUUCAUAAAAAUUAGAAAGUCCCAAGACUGGCAGCAUUUUAUUAAAUCUGAUGAGGUGAAAAUCCAUUUUGAUCCAAAGAGACCCCGGAUCAAACUGUCUGGAGAGCGUACAUUUGUUCAGCCAGCUAUGACUCUGUUUAAAAGGCUGGCAGAUGCUCUCUACACAGACACACUGAUAAUUAAAAAGGCAGGAGCAAAGAAGUACUUCAUGGAGCAGGGUAAAAUGAUGCUCUCAAUGCUGUUGAAGGAAAAAGGAUUUGUGAUGGUUCUUCAGGAAGAUGACAUGCUGGAAGAGGAGGAAGAUGAAUUUACUGAAGGUAGUUUUGAAGAUGUUGGCUACGUCUCUUGUGAAGUUCAAAUACCAGGUGGACUAACUGUUACUGUCAGGAAGGCAGACCUUUGCAAGAUCAGUGUUGAUGCUGUGGUCAAUGCUGCUAAUGAAGAUCUGAAGCACACUGGUGGUGUAGCUUUAGCACUUCUCCAGGCUGCUGGACCAAGUCUGCAGCAAAUCUGUGACCAACACAUAAAAGUAAAUGGGCCUCUGAAGCCUGGAGAUGCCUUCAUCACUGACGCUGGUCGUCUUCCCUGUAAAUAUGUGGUGCAUGCUUUUGGACUUCGCUUCAGUGAUUCAGACAGACAUACUACUGUGCAACGCCUGAGACGUGCUGUGAGGGAAAGUCUGAACCAGGCGUCAAGAAAAAACUGCUCCUCCAUUGCAAUCCCAGUUAUUAGCUCAGGGAUAUUUGGUUGUCCUCUUGAUCUUUGCACUGAAACAAUCGCCAAGGAGGUGCAUGACUACGUUGAUGAUCAUAACCGCAGAGGUUCCAAUAGCACAUUAACUAAAAUUCACUUGGUUGACAAUAAUGACAGAACUGUGAAUGCCAUGACUCAAGCUGUCAGAAAGGUGUUUUCUGCUUAUAACACCGAAAUGACAUUCCCUCAAGCCAAACCCCAUGGGCAUAGUGACUAUGGCCAAGGCUAUCGUGGAAAUGGUCGUAGAAACUAUGGACAAAUAGAACAAGAUUUUGAAGUUGUCGAAGUUUGUGAUAGAGACUUUGAAGGCGAAGAACACAGGAGUAGAGAAACUUCAAGCUAUGGUGGCAGACCAGAUACAUCUGAAGGAUUGAGUAAUCUUAAAACCAAAACUACACAAGAGGGACUAAAAAUCAUUCUGAGCAAAGGGAAUAUCCAGGAUGCAAGUGCUGAUGUCAUUGUAAACACAAUAUUGGAGGACUUGGACCUCAGUAAAGGUGCCGUCUCCAACGCACUCCUUCGGACUGCUGGUCAUCAGCUCCAGUCAGAAAUCACCAGAGCUGCUCACUCAAAAGGAUCACGUCAAAAUCUCAAGCCUAAAAUGAAUCUUUUUUUCAAAUCAACUUCUGGGGCUGUUGGCAAAGUCUCCUCUGCCUCUCUUGGAGUACGCAUUAUGCAGCUGGAUCAAGUGACUCUGAUGGUUUCAUCAGGAGACAUAACUAAAGAAAAAACUGACGCCAUUGUCAACUCCUCAAAUCUGACAUUUUCUCUGAAAGCAGGAGUAUCCAAGGCCAUUUUAGAUGCUGCUGGGGUACAAGUUGAACUAGAAUGUUUACAGAUGGUGAGAUCAUCCAACAUGCAGCAGACAGAGAUUGUGACCUCAGCCGGGCAGCUUCCAUGUGGAAACAUCAUCCAUGUUAUUGGACGCAAUAGUCCAUCUGAAAUUAAGGAUGUUGUUUUGUCUGUUCUGAAGUUAUGUGAGGCACGCCAAAUUACUUCUGUUGCAUUCCCAGCUCUUGGCACUGGUCAGGGAGGUGCAAAACCAGCUGAUGUUGCAGAUGCAAUGGUUGAUGCAGUUGUCUACUUUGUAAAGAAAAAGAAACCGGUGCAUGUAAAGCUUGUGAAGUUUCUUAUAUUCCAGACGAACAUGGUGGCAGACUUCCACCAAAGCAUGAUCACAAGAUCUGGUGAGAAAGUAGAGGAGGAUAAAGGAUUUCUGACCAAAAUUAAAGACCUCUUAUGGUCCGGAGCUUCAGACUCUCCUGCAAAUGAAGAGUUUGUGAUGGUGGGAGAAGAUAUUGAGCCAGCUGUGUUUCAGCUCUGUGGGGAGACACCAAAGGACCUGAGUGAAGCCAAGGACAUGAUCAACAGUAUGAUCUUACGGGAGCAUGUGAGCAUCCCAAUCCAUGAUCCAGCCAUUGCUCAUUUCACCAAAGAGGAUGGAGAAACACUGAACGCCAUGCAGAGGGAGCUCACAGUCAGUGUCCGACUUGAGAAGAAAGGCCAAGACUCUGUCAUCACACUGGAGGGUCUGACAAGAGACGUUCACACUGCAGACAGUCGUAUUCAAGACAUGAUCAGAAAGGUGGAAAGGAAUGAAAACCGAAGGCGUGAGGCCUUGUUCAUUAGCAGUGUGAUUCAAUGGCAAUAUCAAGAAAAUGGACAGAGCGUCAAAAACUUUGAUAUAUUGACCAAUUAUGACCUGGAACAGGGGUUUCAGAAGCAACAGCUUUCAGUGAAAAUCAUGAUUAAUAAUGUUGAAUAUGAAGCCGAUGUGUUUCGCAAAGUGGCCACAAGGGGGAGACUGAGGAUUGAACUGUACAGAAUAGAUCUGGAAGCUGCAGCUCAAAGAUCUUUGCCUUCACACUGGGAGCACAUGAAAGGACAGUCAGUUGUUCUUGUAAAACUCACAGCAGGCUCAACAGAAUAUGCAGAAGUGGAGAAAGAGUUCACAAGCACAGGACUAUCCAGUAACAGUAUCAUUACAAUUGAAAGAGUCCAAAACUUUGCACUUUGGAGAAAUUACAUGAUCAAAAAGGAGGAACUGGAAGACAAAAACAAACACACAAACAAUGAAAGGCGUCUCUUCCAUGGCACUGGCCCUGAUAAGACCGAUCAGAUCAACCAUCACGGCUUCAAUCGCAGCUUCGCUGGCAUGCAUGGAGCUAUGUAUGGGAAUGGUACAUAUUUUGCUGUGGACCCAAGUUACUCAGCCCGAGGUUACUCUAAACCUGAUGUCAACGGACACAAACGCAUGUACCUCGCCAGGGUUCUUGUUGGUGAUUUCACUCAAGGAAAACAAGGCCUUCCUGUUCCUCCUAUGAAGAGCUCCAGUAGUGCUGAUCUCUAUAACAGUGUGACUGAUAAAAUUAACAACCCAACCAUGUUUGUGAUCUUCAAUGAUGUACAGGCUUACCCAGAAUACCUGAUCACUUUCCAGUAAUGAUUAUGAGAUAAGUUUCUGUACAACUGUUUUUUAUUUUUUUAUAUAUAUAUAUAUAUAUAUACUUGGAGGAAUUAUAGAAAUUGUUAGGAUAAUAUUUUCUGUGUAAAUAGAAAAUAAAUAUGAGAGAACCAUAAACCUAUUUCUUACUUUAGGGGUUUAAUCUUUUGUUUCUCUUUUAACCUUAUAGGAUUAAUCAGCAUUGGUUUGUUUUUAUCCUGCUUAUUUAACAUUUUGAGUAAAAGCCUACUAAAGAAAAUGGGUUCAAGCUGAGCAUUUCUGCUUUACAGUGGAUGAAAGUCUGAUAAAACAAAAAAAAAUUUCUUUGAAACCUACUUUAAUAAAAUUUUCUCUAUAAUGUUGCAGUUAACUGCUAAUUUGACCUUUUUUGUGUGUGUGUUUAUGUGAAGAGUAUUUGAUAAAGAAAUGUUCUUAAAAUCACAAAAUUG